AUGAUGGAGGAGAGUGGAAUAGAGACGACUCCACCUGGCACACCCCCACCAAGCAUAGCAGGCGCUGCUGCUGUGACUGCUACACCUGUCUCCUUAGCUUUGUCCAGUCCUGUUGCUACACCAAGCAUGUCAGCUUCUCCCACGUACUCACCACCCAUGCCAUCUGCUGUGUCUUCACUUCCUCCUUCUCUGAUGACUUCAGCUUCUCUUCCACUUGUGCCUUCUGCAACGGUAUCUACAGUUGCACCGCCUCUAACUCCAGCCCCACCACCUGUUGCCCCUUCAGCUUUUAGUACCCCCGUAUCCCAGUUCUCUACAUCUCCUCCAUUAAGCUCUACUAGUGGCCCUGGUCUUCCUGCACCUCCCGCUGGUCCCCCCAUUUCAGGAUUUUCCAUGUCUUCAACCUAUGACAUUACCAGAGGUCAUGCUGGUCGAGCACCACAGAGCCCACUGAUGCCAUCAUUUUCUGCACCUCCUGUCACAGGUGUUUUGGCAGAUCCUAUUACUCAACAGGCAACUUUCUCAUCAACUUUGGCUCCUGGAACUGGUUCUGCAAUCACUUUUCCUGAGGAAAGUGAAGACCCCAGAGUGUGUACUGCCCAAGGUGGAGCACCUGCUGGAGGAUUGUGGGGGUUUAUAAAGGUAUGGGGUGUUGUCUGUUCACCCUACAUGAGGAAUUACCAUUUUUUA